ACUCAAGAUUGUUUCUGUUUGUCAGCUCUCAGAAAUUUAUGCUUGUUAAAGAGGUUCUUUUAUUUAUUUUAGCUUUUUUGACACUGGUAUCCUCAUCCAAAUAGAUAGUGACAUACUCAGAGUGUACGUAACUUACGUAAUUUGCUUAUAUAACUUGAAUUAUGGACUGGCUAAGACUCGAAACUUAUAAAGACAAUAUCUAUCGUCGCUUACCCUGCUGUAUUUAUUCAGGAUAUGCUGAUUUUUACUUCAGUGAUCGAAAAUGACAGUCAUCUAUAAUUUUUUUCCAGUGAUAUAUCCCUUUUCAAUCUUCUGAAUUUCGCUCCAACUUAAAAUACUCUCUCAUCCCUCACUUUCUAAAACAUUUGUAGCCUUCGUACGAUACUUAUGUGGUUUUCUUCGCAAGUAUUUUUAACGGAAAAGCAUUUUACUGAUUUGGAGCAAAUAUGUGAAAAAUUUCAAAAUUGGUUGAAUCAUAGGAAUGUGACAUAUAUAUUCCCUUUGGAUAAAGCCGUGAUUUUUUGUUUGGAAAAGUUUUCAAGUUCUUAUCAGUGGAAUUUUCAUUGCAGGUCUAUCACACUUUCCCUCCCUGUCAAAUGCAUUUUAUAAACUGCAUUUCUAAUGUCUACACAAGAUAGUCUAGUAAUAAGCGGACAUUUGGAAAUAUAUCUCCGAAAUACAUGGAUACCUAUCAAAGCCACCUUAAAGAAUGACGCCCUGAUCAUUGAGUUAGAACACUGUCCUAGUAUUUCUACUACUAAUAACGAUGAGGACAUUUCAACAGCAAAACGCGUGGUACGGAUAACGAAAGAAGAACUGAAUGGUUUAGGCAUCAGUAUUAAGGGUGGUCGUGAGAAUAAAACACCGAUUCUGAUUAGUAAAAUAUUCAAGGGGAUGGCAGCAGAACAAACAGGUCAGCUUAAUGUUGGUGACGCAAUAUUAUCAGUGAAUGGUGAAGAUCUUCGCAACAGCACACACGACGAAGCAGUUCGUGCGCUUAAACGCGCUGGUCGAAUCGUCGAACUCGAAGUAAAGCAUAUGCAUGAAGUUACACCCUAUUUUCGAAGGGCGAUAGGUAUGGAAACUAUAGCCUGUUCUGCGGAUUUGAGUUGGCCUACUACUCAGCUUGGCAGUCUCGUUCCUAUGGGAUCGGGUGAUACGAACGUUAAAAGCUCUUCAGCUUCAGGUGCUGGUGAACAUCCAGGACGUCCUGGUGGUCCUGGAGUGGUACCAUUAAGAUUAACGCAUUUAGUGAGAGACUUAACAUUGCCAGACCUAACUGGUUGUUGUUUUGAGUUGCACAGUCCAGAUGGCCGAAGAUCUUGUCUUCUUCGUGCAGCCGACGCACAAGAAGCACGGAUGUGGUUUGAUGCCAUACGUAGUAAAAUGAAAAUUAUUAAUAAAUGCUAUUUAGCAGAGUUGAAUCGUCUCCUCCCGCCAACACAAGAACUCAAGCAACUGGACUGGCUAGUUGAAUUACGAUGCACUGGUUCUGACGUAUCAAAUAGGUCGAGUGACCAUCCGGAAGAUGUCAAUGGAAAUAUUGUAAGCGAUAUCCUUUCAUCUGGAGACAAUGUCACAGUGAAUUCUCAGUCCAUCCAUACAACGUGGAAGCCAGUAUUUGCUGCACUAUCAGAUCGAGACCUAUUAUUGUACGAUACAGCGCCUACUUCUAAAGAAGAAUGGGCUAAUCCUGUACAAGCACAUCCUUUAAUAGCCACUCGUGUAGUUCCAAUUGAUUUGAGGAAGUCAAAUUUAAAUGAUCUUGGUACGCAGAAUGAAAUUGGUCGAAGACACCCACCGGCCGAUAUGGUCACUUUUCUAACUAGGACAGGUAGCAAGCAUGGUGUUGAAUCUCAUACUUUUGCUGUAUCGAAUCAAGAAGACUUAAUAACUUGGUCUAACGCAAUAAUUGAAGGUGCACAUAUGGCCGUAGCCGCAGCUCAAGAAGUGGUUAUCACCUGUAGUGGCAGAAUUACGAUUGCCACUUGACAUUACAUUAUGAUACUGGUUUGAAAUUAUUAUGUCGCCAAAAUCCAACGGGAUCUGCUCAUGCAACCUCACAGCCUCUUACACCUGGCAGUGUGAUGGGUGAACAUGUGAUAUGGCAAUAUCCAUAUGAAAGAUUGCGAUCAACUGCCGAUGAUGGGAAAACUAUUCUGUGGAUUGAUUUCGGACCUGAUGGAGAAUAUGAAUUAGACAUGCUGGGAUGUCCAAAGCCUGUUGUGUUUAUUCUUCACAACAUAUUAUCCGCUAAAGUAACUAGACGUGGAUUAUUUGGAUAACUGCAAAGAGAAAAUCAACAAAUAACUGUUACAAUCUUCUGGAAUUCCGCUCAAUUCCUUCACAAGUCCUUCUUAACUAGCUUCCAAUUUCCAGUGAGUGUAUUUCGGCGAAGAUAUAAAUGGUACAUGUGAAAAUGGGGAGAGGAAGCAAAGGAAAGAUAACUUUAUUUCUUGUAUAGUAAACCUCUUCAUAUUUAAAAACAAAAAACAACUUCAUAAUGUGAUUUAAUUUCAGUUAAACUUCAGUUUUACUUAGUAUUUAUUCAUUUUUGAUUAAUUCAUCGUCAAGUUGAGUGAGUCAUUGUUGAUACCGUUACUGCAUAUAACACAUUCCGAAAACGUCCUUCUUCUCUUCCACAAAGUGCUUGUAACUGACCAGUGCUAGAGUUCAUAACACCUGGUAUUCAGUCAUGCUCAAGCAUGCAAAUCAUUUCCAGAAUGUAAAAUACAUCAUGCUUUUACCUUUAUUUUUUACUUCUUAACUCCUUUUCUCUUUCACUUUUCAACUGUUGAUUAGUUGGCUUUAUGCCUCAGUUAUUUUGAUAAGGUGGUUGUCCUCACUUUGAGCCUUACCACUUUUGCAUAAUAACUUUUCUUUCAUGAAGCUCUAUAGUUAUUUUACUGCAGGCGAUAAAAAUAUUAUCAUGGUAGACAGGUGGUUAAUAUAUUAGAAGGGAGAAGAAAAAACACCAUUCUGAAUACCAAGAGUCCCAGUCGCCAGUAUGGACGUAAAAUAAUUUACCGAGUUGGGUAAUCUGUGAUAAAAUGUU